AUGGAAGAAACGAAAGAGCUACGGAACGAAAAAGGGACAACAGAGAAGACUGAGGAGUGCAGUUCAAAGCCUAACCGUAAAUUUGUCCCACGCCCUAUGCCCUCAAAGAGGAGUCAGAUCAAGCAUCAGAUCAUGUCUGACCUCGUCAGAUUCCUUGCAAGACAAAUGGCGAUCAACGGAGAACCACCGGUGUGGUGGUGGCUAAGGGCCUUCUAA